AGAUAACCAAGGACUCUUUUUUACUCUUCUCACACCUUUGAAGUGGAAGCCUCUUGAGUCAAAUCAGCAAGAAUGCGGCUCUUGCAGCCGAGGGUCUGGGGGGCUGUUGGGGCUGCCCAAGGCAGAAGGGCUGUGACAAGCCCUGCGGGAUGAUAACUUUAAAAGGGCAUCUCCUGCUGGCUUCUCACUUGGCUGCUUUAUCGCUGCAAGUGACAGAAUGGGGAGGGUUCUGUCUCUCCUGCGUGCUUGGAGAGCUGGGGGGCUAUAAAAAGAGGAGGCACUGGGCAGCUGGGAGACAGGGACGGACGUAGGCCAAGAGAGGGGAACCAGAGAGGAACCAGAGGGGAGAGACAGAGCAGCAAGCAGUGGAUUGCUCCUUGACUACGCCAGCAUGAGCUCCUUCUCCACCAUCAGUGUGAGCUUCCUCCUUUUUCUGGCAUUCCAGCUCCCAGGUCAGACCAGAGCUAAUCCCAUGUACAAUGCCGUGUCCAACGCAGACCUGAUGGAUUUCAAGAAUUUGCUGGACCAUUUGGAAGAAAAGAUGCCUUUAGAAGAUGAGGUCGUGCCCCCACAAGUGCUCAGAGAGCAGAAUGAAGAAGCGGGGGCUGCUCUCAGCCCCCUCCCUGAGGUGCCUCCCUGGACCGGGGAUGUCAGCCCAGCCCAGAGAGAUGGGGGUGCCCUCGGGCAGAGCCCCUGGGACUCCUCCGAUCGAUCUGCCCUCUUAAAAAGCAAGCUGAGGGCGCUGCUCACUGCCCCUCGGAGCCUGCGGAGAUCCAGUUGCUUCGGGGGCAGGAUGGACAGGAUUGGAGCCCAGAGCGGACUGGGCUGUAACAGCUUCCGGUACCGAAGAUAACAGCCAGGGAGCACAAGGAGGGCUGGGCCUUGGGACAGACGGCAAGAGGUUCCUGCCCGCUGGGGUCUCUCCUGCAUUCGUGUCAUCUCGUUGUCAUGGAGUUGUGAUCAUCCCAUCCAAGCUGCAGCUUCCUGUCAACACUUCUCACAUCUUACACUAACUGUAGAUAAAGUGGUGUGAUGGUGGCUUCCUUGCCUCUCCCACCCCAUGCAUUAAAUUUUAAGGUAGAACCUCACCUGUUACUGAAAGUGGUUUGAAAGUGAAUAAACUUCAGCACCAUGGACAGAAGACAAA